GUCACUACAACUACACAAUAAACAAAACAAAAACAAUAAUAAAAUUACGUAUAAUAGUUAGCUAAAGAAGAUGGACAAAAUAAUGAUUUGCAUCAUUGGAUCGGGCAACUGGGCAACGACUAUAGCUCGGAAUGUGGGCAGAAAUGUGAUAAAUUCGCAAACACUUGAUGAAAGGGUGCCCAUGUAUGUGUACGAGGAAAUAUUUGAAGGUCGUAAGCUCACCGAAAUUAUUAACACCACCCACAUAAAUGCCAAGUAUAUGCCGAACUUUGAACUACCGCCAAACAUUGUGGCCGUUGAUGACAUUGUGGCCACGGCUAGGGAUGCCGAUAUUAUAAUAUUCGCCAUUCCGCCGACUUUCGUCAGCAGCUGUUGCAAAACUCUAUUGGGAAAAGUCAAGCCCACGGCCCAUGCCGUUUCUCUGAUCAAGGGAUUCGAACGCGGCGAUGAUGGGCAGUUCGUCCUGAUAUCCCAAAUAAUUAUGCGGCAGCUAAAGAUUCCAUGUUCAGUCCUGGUGGGUUGUAACUUGGCCCACGAGAUAGCUCACGAUCACUUUGCCGAGGGAACAGUAGGCUGUCGCGAUCAGAAGUAUUAUCGAGUGCUGCACGACAUCUUCAAGUCACCCACAUUUCGUGUGGUGGUCACCGAGGAUGCAGACUGUGUGGAGAUCUGCUCCACUUUGAGGAACAUAAUUGCUUUUGCGGCUGGCUGUUCAGAUGGAAUGGAUCUAAAUGAAAACACCAAAGGCGGGAUUAUUCGGAGGGGAUUUCUGGAGAUGCUUCAAUUCGUGGAUGUUUUUUAUCCGGGUUGCCGAAUGGGAACCUUUUUUGAGUCCUGCGGAAUAUCCGAUUUGGUCACCAGCUGUUAUGCCAAUCGCAAUCGCAAGUUGGCAGAAGCAUUUGUGAGGACAGGUAAGCCUCUAAGUGAACUGGAGCACAUCCUUAUACCAGGACAUGAGCCACUCGGUCCAGUGACGGCUGAACUAGUGCAUCACAUGCUCAAAAAGAAGGGCUUGGAGGACAAAUUUCCGCUUUUCACCACUGUUUACAGGAUCUGCACUGGGGACUAUCCGCUGCACCGCCUAAUGGAAACUCUGAUUAAAGCACGCGAGGACAUCUUUCACCCGCUUCAUACUUUCCAGCUCUGAGGGGCUCCUUUCAAUGUUAAAUAAGAUUUAAAUAAAACAGAUUCGGAACCAGAAUGCAACCAAACAA